AUACACACGUAAACGAAGUUGGAGAGGGAUUGAUUGAUUUUUGCCUAAAGCACGUUGACAAUUUUAUUUUAUAUUGUCCAAUUAUUGAUGUGUUUGCAGGAAUUGUCCGCGAAAUGAGUUCUUCGAAGGUGACUGAACUGGUGCUGAAGAAGAAACAUCCACUCUAACUUUUUGAUUGGUAAAUUUGUGCAAAUCAAACAUUUACUGUCGGUAUUGAAAACUCCGGAAGUUGGACCGUCGCUUACCGUGUGCGGUGCCAACUGCUACCCGGCUGGAGGAGCUCAAGUCCCCGUGGUGGUAUCGGGGUCGAUGCGGUACCUGAGGAACUGCGAGUGCGGAGUUCCGGGAAAUGUGUAACGUUAGCUACGGUGAAGUAAAACAAAACACUUCUGAUUAAACCUUGUGCAAACACCUUGUUUAUGAGGUGACCGUUCCAGCAGCCUAAUCGGCCCCACACCCUACCACAAUGUCACCAGCAAAGACGCGUGACCCCAGGUCCUACAUCCAGGCCACCCCUCUGACUCUACCCUCCCACCAAGGGGAGUACAUCUUGGCCCGCUCGGACACCCAAUACAGGUCCAACUGUGCUGCGCCGUCCAAGGAGGAAAUCUUCAAGGAGAACUAUGCAAGACGGCUGCAACAGAUGAAGGAGCAAGGCUAUCAGUCAGUCAACCACAAGCCAUACAAGUUACUAGGGGAACCACUCCACCUAAAAGAAAAGAAGUUAAUCCUUCAUGCGCUCGGACAGGAAACAGCCCAAUCAGAGGAUUCGUCAGGGAGUUGCUCGGACGAAGAAGGCGAUGAGGACAAAGAGAAGAAGGAGGGCGCCCUCAUGCAGCAACAAGCCGAGAACAAACCGCCGCAGAGGAAAUUUGUCUUCCGUCGGAAUCACAAGAAUAAGAAGUCACUGAACAAAGAAAUAUCAUCUGCAAGAAAAAUGGUGAACUGGGUGAAACUUGGACAUGGCGUAUUCACAACAAUACGGAAAGAAGAUGAAGACAGGCUGAAUGCAGAGGAAAUCAAGAAGUUGCAGGAUGCGGAGAGGAGGCGGCGAGAAUGGCAGCCUCCCAAUGAGGAUAGCUCAGAUGAGGACACAGAUGAUGAACUAGCCAGGGAUGAAGACAUCAGCAUCUUCCUCACCUCAUCCAGCAGUGACGGCAAGAAAGAAGUCUCCUUCUCCCGGUCCGAGACUCACCUCUACACCCCGGCGUCCCGAACCCCCUCCCCACCCCGGCCUCACGAACCCCCCUCCCCACCCCGGCCUCCCGAUCCCCCCUCAGACCCUACCCCCUCCACCCUUAUAGGAGACCAGAGUGGGGCGACUACCCCGGCCAAGUCCAUCCUGAGCUCCUCCUCGUCUCCCGUGGUCCGCAGGAGGCGAAAGAAGAAAAAUACAGAGCCCCCUCGGCCGUACACCCCGAUACGGUCCAACAUUAACGUGGAUAGUGAAGACGAGGGCAGAGCUAACAGGGAUGCAAUAUUUCGUCAGCUGUGCGUACUGAAUUGGAUCCUAGAGGCUAUGAUGACUGAGCCCCCGGCCGCCAUGGAACCCAUCACUAAAUGCUGGAACAUCAGAUACAAAGAUCUUAGGCAGAACACCUUUUGCAAGACGACGAUGAGAGAUAAACGGCGAGAGAAGUUGGUGGAUACGCGGUGGCAUUCAUUCGUUUCUAACCCCGGAGCUGGACAUCUGAAAUCUCGUGUUAAUACCAACAAGACCUCCCUCUACGGCCCCAACCUGACCACCUCCAUGUCCUAUGUCCGCCAACCUCGCCGGGGAUCCAGCACCAUGGCCCUUGGGCAGGCCAAGGCCGCCUCGGCCAUCAGCCAGUCAGCCAAUCAGAGCAGCGCUGACAGCACGCCCAGGAGAGACGAGGACGGGACAGGGAAACGAGAAAACUUGAGAGAGCUCGGCAAAACUACGAGCACAUGGAAGAUGCUGGACGACAUCAACGAGAGUGCCUCAAUGGUCGGCAAGAAUGAAGAUAACGAUGAUGCAGCAUCGAGACGGGGACCCAGACAAGACAGGUCUCCUUCCAUCGUCAGUGAGCGCAGUGGUAGCGCUACCUCAUCCAGUCAGAGAACUGUCACUAAAGGACCAACGCUGUCGCAAAAGCAUCUUGAAGAGAGAGAUCAGAAAGUGGGCAAACCCCGCGAGAGACAGAUACACACCUGGGUGGCCACAACCAACAGGAAACUACGCACAAUGAGUGCGCCACCUAAGAGCGAGUUUAAACCAAUCUUCCCGAGUCGCAAGCACGCCCACCUGCCCUCAGAGCUCCGUAGUCGCUUUGCCGACGUCACAGAGGAUAAGGCCCUCAUACUCCACGACAAGUUGGAAGUUCUUGAAAAGAAGAAGCUGUGGAGAAGCGAGGAGAAAUUCCGAGCCAUUCAGACCAAUCUUCACAUCAGCGCCCAGCUGGAGCGCAUGAAGGAUGCGGCCAGGGAUAACGAGGAGUCCGCUGAAGAGAAGAUGAGGAAGAAACGAGUCGAAGAAGAAAGCAAAUGGUUCCAGGAGUUGACGUCGCGUCUCCCCAGCUACGUCUUCAGUGACAUGGCCUGCGCUGCGUUGCUGGACAAGCUACAGGGUAUGGGCAUCAUUGAGAGCCGUAAGAUAACCCCGCAGAAGUUCCUGAACGUCUUGACGGGGCUGAAGCCGUGGGAGCUGUGCCUUCCCGAGGUCAGCGCUGCCGUCGAGUUUGUCCGUGAGCGAGUUGUCCUGAUGUCGGUGGAGGAAUUUGAGGCGUGGUAUCAACACGAGAUUCCGGGAAUCAGCCGAUCGCAGAGUGCUCCUCCGAACACUUUCCCGACCUAACCCAGGCGUCACUGCCAUGACUCUAGAUCAAUCUGGGCAUGUUUCUGGACAGACUAUUGUGUUAACUUGGUCCAGUUAACGUGAUCUGGUUGGUACGGCUAGCUUGGUCCUUGUUACCUUGGUCCGUGUUACCAUGGUCAGUGUGACCUUGGUCGGUGUUACCAUGGUCCGUGUUACCAUGGUCAGUGUUACCAUGGUCAGUGUUACCUUGGUCCGUGUUACCAUGGUCCGUGUUACCAUGGUCCGUGUUACCAUGGUCCGUGUUACCAUGGUCCGUGUUACCAUGGUCCGUGUUACCACGGUCAGUGUUACCUUGGUCCGUGUUACCAUGGUAAGUGUUACCUUGGUCCGUGUUACCUUGGUCCGUGUUACCUUGGUCCGUGUUACCUUGCUCCGUGUUACCUUGGUCUGUUUUAACUUGGUCCAAGUUAACUUGGUUUGGUUAAACUUGGUCGGUGUUAACUUCAAUUGGUUUGGUUAACUUGGUCCGUGUUACCUUGGUCAGGUUAUUAGCUUGGUCCGUGUUAACCUGAUUCAGUUAACUUGGUCUGAGUUAACUUAAUUGAUCUGGUUGACUCGGUCUGUGUUAACUUGCUCUGGUUAAAUAGGUCUGUGUUAACUUGCUCUGGUUAACUUGGUCCGUGUUACCUUGGUCAGGUUAUUAACUUGGUCCGUGUUAACUUGAUUCGGUUAACUUGGUCUGAACUUAAUUGAUCUGGUUGACUCGGUCAGUGUUAUAACUUGCUCUGGUUAAAUAGGUCUGUGUUAACUUGCUCUGGUUAACUUGGUCCGUGUUCACUCGCUCUGGUUAAAUCGGUCCGUGUUAAGUUGCUCUGGUUAAAUUGGUCUGUGUUAACUUGCUCUGGUUAAAUUGGUUUGUGUUAACUUGCUCUGGUUGACUUGGUCCGUGUCACUAUCCAAACCGUGCAACUAUCCUUUGAGUGCCACUUGAACAAAUUAUUGGUUUUAUAAGACUGAUAAAUAAGACUUUGAUAAAUGGGGUAGUAUUUCUGGAAGCUAAUACUGAACUAAAUAAAUUCAAGUACAUUUUGUGAAUCAUCUUUGAAAAAAGAAAACAUUUUCACUAAUUACAUGUAGAAACAGCAUUUAAUUCCAAACUUUGUAAAUAAAAAAAAUAUUUUUAUAUAGUAUACUUGUAUAUUGUAUUUUCAUUGGAAAAUUACACAUGCAACAGUUUACAUGCGUCCGUUGAUAUGUAAUUAAUUUUAUGUGAUCAUUACUUGUCAGCUGACGCUGGGUUAUGGUGGCCCAUGAAGAACAAAUUUAAUAGUGCUAAUUUCAAACGGUUCAUUGGUUUUUGCAGCUUUUUGUUUUUGUCAUUAUUUUUUUUGUCAAUAUUUGUUUAAAUACAGAACAAAAUUUUCAGAGCAGGAAGAAUUUGAGCCUUAAUUUAAACUUUAUAUGAACAAUCUGUUUUUUCAUGUUCAUGUAUUUCUAAUUUUGAAUUCAGAGUGUGCUACAAAGAUGUAUAAAUUGUAAAUAAAGCUCUUUGAAUGAAAGAAA